AUGGCGAAUUCGGCGGCUGAUUCGCGGAGCAACAGGACGGCGGUUCAAGCCACCAACGACGACGCUUCAGCCAGUAAACUGUCAUGUGUUAAAAAGGGAUACAUGAAAGAUGACUACAUCCAUUUGUUUGUUAGAAGACCUGUGAGGAGAUCUCCUAUAAUUAACCGUGGUUAUUUUGCUCGUUGGGCUGCUCUGAGGAAGCUUCUCUAUCAGUUUCUUGAUUGUGAAGGAUGUAAUGGUGAAAAGGGUCAUACGAAGAAGCAGAUACUAUCACUUGGUGCUGGGUUUGAUACGACAUAUUUUCAGUUGCAGGAUGAGGGAAAAGCUGCAUAUCUAUAUGUGGAACUGGAUUUUAAAGAGGUAACUAGUAAAAAGGCUUCCCUUAUUGAAUCCUGCAGUCAGUUGAGGGACAAAGUGGGUGCAACGGCAUCAAUCUCACUAGAGAAUGGAGAAGUGCUUAGUGAUCAGUACAAGCUACUUCCAGUUGAUUUGCGUGACAUACAGAAAUUAGAUGAUGUCAUAUCUCUGGCAAAUAUGGACCCUGGUCUGCCAACAUUUGUAAUUGCAGAAUGCGUUUUAAUAUACCUGGAUCCAGAUUCAAGCCGUUCUAUUGUUGGUUGGGCAUCGAAAACAUUUUCAACAGCAAUAUUUUUCUUAUAUGAGCAGAUUCAUCCAGAUGAUGCUUUUGGGCAGCAAAUGAUAAGAAAUUUGGAGAGUCGAGGCUGUGCACUUUUGGGUAUUUAUGCUACACCAACUUUGCUUGCAAAGGAAAAACUAUUUCUUGAUCAGGGUUGGCAGAAAGCUGUUGCCUGGGACAUGCUGAGAGUUUAUAGUGAAUUUGUUGAUGCCCGUGAAAGACACAGAAUUGAGCCACUGGAAUUGUUCGAUGAAUUUGAAGAAUGGCAUAUGAUGCAGGAGCACUAUUGUGUUGCAUAUGCAAUCAAUGAUGCCAUGGGGUGGUAUGGGAAAUUUGGGUUUCCUGAUGACCAGCAGAAUGUGCCGAACACCUCCCCAGCUGCAUCCCCAUUAGGCCACGAGGCUGCUCCACGUCAUACUUCUCUCGCCAACUUCAGAUAAAUAAUUAGUAGCAGAGAAGCACGUGUGACUGACACGUGCCUGUUAAACGAGUGGGGUUCUUGUCUGGUAAAAAAGGGCCUCUCCGCCAAGUUAGUCUUUAGCUCUAAAAAGUCUCCAAAAGGUUUUAUGACUUGAGUGGCUGCGUCUGUGUGUAAUUUGUUUUUGUUUGACUCGAGGAAAAACAGAUCCUUUUCUUUCUUCUGCUAGCUGUUUGGCAAAAGAAAACGUGGUGGGACCCAAACAGCACCAAAAGUGUCUCAUACGCCCUUGUUACUGUGGGUUCAGAAUCAUGUGGAGAUACACAUUCAUUGGUUGGUUGCUUUUGCUUCUCAA